GGAUUUUACUCUGUGUGCCUUAAUCUUCUCUAGGUAGAGGACCAUAAACCAGAUCUCUGUUUUGUACUCUUACUUCAAGCAGAAUGGAAGCUCAUAAACUCCUGUCUCUGGGAUGUAUCUUCUUGCCCCUGCUGCUUUUUCAGCAGGCCUGGGCUCAAUUCCCACGGGAAUGCACCACCGUUGAGGCUUUGAGAAGUGGUGAGUGUUGCCCAGACCUGUCCCCUGUGUCUGGGCCUGGGACAGACCAGUGUGGCUCAUCAUCCGGGAGGGGCAGGUGUGAGGCUGUGAUUGCAGACUCACGGCCCCACAGUCCCCACUACCCCCAUGAUGGCAGAGAUGAUCGGGAGGCCUGGCCCAUGCGGUUCUUCAAUAGGACAUGCCACUGUAAUGGCAAUUUCUCAGGACACAACUGUGGGACUUGCCGUCCUGGGUGGAGAGGAGCUGCCUGCGACCAGAGGGUUCUCACAGUCAGGAGAAAUCUUCUGGACUUAAGUAAAGAAGAAAAGAACCACUUUAUCCAGGCCUUGGAUAUGGCAAAGCGCACAACUCAUCCUUUAUUUGUCAUUGCCACCAGGAGAUCAGAAGAAAUAUUGGGUCCAGAUGGCAAUACGCCACAAUUUGAGAACAUUUCCAUUUAUAACUACUUUAUUUGGACACACUACUAUUCAGUCAAAAAGACUUUCCUUGGGGCAGGGCAGGAAAGCUUUGAAGUGGAUUUCUCUCAUGAGGGACCAGCUUUUCUCACAUGGCACAGGUACCACCUACUGCGUUUGGAGAGAGACAUGCAGGACAUGUUGCAAGAGCCUUCUUUCUCCCUUCCUUACUGGAAUUUUGCAACUGGGAGAAACGUUUGUGAUAUCUGCACUGAUGACUUGAUGGGAUCAACUAGCAACUUUGAUUCCACUCUUAUAAGCCCGAACUCUGUCUUUUCUCAAUGGCGAGUGCUCUGUGACUCUUUGGAAGAUUAUGAUACCCUGGGAACGCUUUGUAACAGCACUGAGAAUGGGCCAAUUAGGAGAAAUCCGGCAGGAAAUGUGGCUAGACCAAUGGUGCAACGUCUUCCUGAACCACAGGAUGUCGUUCAGUGCUUGGAAGUUGGUUUAUUUGACACGCCUCCUUUUUAUUCCAAUUCUACAAAUAGUUUCCGAAACACUGUAGAAGGUUACAGUGAUCCCACAGGAAGGUAUGACCCUGCUGUUCGAACCCUUCACAAUUUGGCUCAUCUAUUCCUGAAUGGAACAGGGGGACAAACCCAUGUAUCUCCAAAUGAUCCUAUUUUUGUCCUCCUGCAUACUUUCACUGAUGCAGUCUUUGAUGAAUGGCUGAGGAGAUACAAUCCUGAUAUAUCCACAUUUCCAUUGGAAAAUGCCCCCAUUGGACAUAAUAGACAAUACAAUAUGGUGCCAUUCUGGCCUCCGAUUACCAACACAGAAAUGUUUGUUACUGCUCCAGACAACCUGGGAUAUACUUAUGAAGUUCAAUGGCCAAGUCGGGAUUUUAGUAUAUCUGAGAUCAUUACCAUAGCAGUAGUUGCCGCUUUAGUAUUGGUUGCAGUCAUUUUUGUGAGUGCUUCUUGUCUGAUUCGUGCCAGAAGCAACAUGGAUGAAGCCAAUCAGCCUCUCCUCACCGAUCAGUAUCAACACUAUGAUGAAGAGUAUGAAAAGUUACAGAAUCGUAAUCAGUCUAUGGUCUGAUGACAAAGUGACCUAAUGUCUUAGACAUUAGUGCCACAAAAUUAUCUGGUUGAAAAAUAAUAAAUUGAGUUACUAACAAUAUUUUCUUACACUUUCUUUCAUAUAUAUACAUAUGUUGGAACUGACGUUCCAUGCAUUUGUUUUCAGAGCUGGGAAGAGUCAUUCAGACUCUUUUCAUGAGGUUCUAAUUUUCAGCUCUAUUUAAAAUGGUGGGUUGCACUGUUUCCAUGAUAUUUAAGGGGAUAGUGUAAAUAUCUUUGGCAUGUUUUAAAGGUUGACUAUAUGAUGAUUUAAAUAAGGUGCUGUGCUUUGCUUAUAUGUUGAAGGAAAAUAAUGUUUGCUAGUAAAUCUAUAUUUAAAAUACAUGAGUGGGCAUUUCUAUAUUGUUAAAAUAUAAAUACAUUUCCAUUCAUUAAUAUUGGUCAACAGAUAUAAAGGAAGCCACAUUUAUUAGUUAAAAUAAAUUAUCUGGUGUUAUAAAUAAAUGAGAUCUUGAUUAACUUUUUAAAAUUGGACUUCCCAUUUAAACAUCGUUCAAAUAUAUCAUUUAGUCAGCAUAUAUUAUUUAGUCUUAGGGUCAAGGCCACAACAAAAUCACAGUCUUUGUCACACUUUAAAGAGGUAAAAGUUUCGAUACUGCCUAUGUUUGACACGUUCCCCACCUCUCAAUUCAAUGAAAAAGGAACUACCCAUGUAUACAUUUCACCUGCUAAUUUAUCUUCUAAUAUCUUAGAAGUCCACAAAGAAAGCAUAAAGGUAGAGAAUAUGCUUCAUAGUGCUCUACAAAUAGUAUUCUAUUCAUUGUGCUUAAUUUAAAUAGCAUUCUCUUAUCAUUUAUGAGCCUUUUUUGUAUUUUCAAAAUAAAAUAUUAAAUACUAUUUUAUUGGUCCCCUUUUCUGUCUAGUUUCAUAAGAAUGCUAUUUUUCUCCCAUCUUCUAAUAUGAAAUUUUUUUCUCUUUUCGAUUUUGUGCUACAAAACAAUAUUCCCAAGAAAGACUAUAUGAGCUGAUCAUAAGCAAAUAAAUGUUUUAAUUAAAAUUGGU